AUGGUACAGUGCGUUGCUUUUAACUGUAACAUAAGAAGUCAGAAAGGUGUGUCCAUGUUUUUAUUUCCCAAGGAUCCUAAAUUUAGACAGAUUUGGAUUCGAAAUCUUCGAAGAGAUCGCUUUACUGUGACAGAAUUUUCCAAGCUGUGCUCCAAACAUUUUACGGCGGACCAGUUUAAGAUACAUCCGGCCUUAGCUAAAAAGUGUGGGUAUAAGAAACUAGAUCUUCGGGCAGAUGCAGUCCCAACGAUAUUCGACAUUCCGAAGACAGAGAAAAAACAACGGAAAUCGACUGCUUACUUCAAGCGAAGGGCGAUAGAAGCUUUAAGAGAUAAUGUGGAAGAUGAUGCAGAAUUCGAAGAAGCUGAAGUAAUUGAGCAGUCUACGCUGACAGAUACUACAUGUAGAACCAGCGAGACCAGUACUGCCACUGCAAGCCACACUUCCCAGUCUGGUUUAAUGGUAUCUGAAGCAAUAGGGAUGUCAAAUCAAUUCAACGUGUUUACUCAGACUUCUCUUAACCACUGUGAACGUCAAAGUGUCAUGAUACAAGCAUCUCCAGUAACGAAGGAAAUAGGUGUACAGACAGACAUCGCCUUACACAAUUCUAAUCAUCUGGCAGUAGAAUUUGAUGAUGAUGAUGACAUGCCCACAGAUUCUGAUCAUUCCGACAUUGAAGACUCGGACAUUGAAUGGACAUUCCCGGAUCAGGACAGUGACGAAGGAGAUAUUACACCAGAGACCAAGAAUGACAUGAAUGGGGAUACCAAGUUUAUAGUGCACUGCUGUCAGUGUCCAUUCUACGUGCAAAAAGUGCAGCAUCUCCUGGGAGUGGGCGAGCCAACCUUUCUCUUGUAUGAUGCCUUGGGGGAACCUUAUUGUUGCUGCUGCCAUAUUAUUCAGCGGAUGCAGUCCUGUUAA